AUGGCAGAUCAAGUAACAGACCCAUACAAGUCGCGAGCUGGCUAUGUCGAGGCAACCGAUUGGGCUAUACCGUAUUGGGCUUCGUACCUCGACGAGAAUAGAAUUGGCAGCCAUGAAAUGUUUUCACAUGUGAACUGCAGCUACCUAUCGACUCCAGGAAGACCACCCACUCUCGCAGCGCUCAAGAAGCACGCCCAAUCGCUCGUACACCUCAUCUCAACCAUUGCACCAUCACAAGGACCAGGAGAGAUUGGCAACGCCAACUCGGGAGAUGCUGAUGCGAAAAAGUUCGUCCAGGACGAGGCGUUUGACUGGCUCAACAACCUCGAGGAAGUCUACAUUUCAGAUGACCCAAACCACCAUCGCCCCUUGAAUUCGCUUGUCAACUUGGCCAAGUCCAACAGUGAUACAACAGGGCUUGACAUCUUCUGUCCCCUAUGCAAAAUCGAGACGAAGAAGUCUGUCAAGCAAGAAGACGCUGAAGCUAAAGCUUGGUCUAAGAACUAUGAGGAGCAAAGCCAGGAGAUGCCGUUCAAGCGACACUGGAAUCUUCUUAGACACGCCAAUGAUUGCCUCGAAAUUCUUGACCAUGAAUUCUCAAGUACAGGCGGUCUUCUCUCGAUACUUCCGACAGAGCAUGAAGUAGAAGCUGAACAGCUCGAUAUUGCCAAGAACACGCUGAUUGGUCAAUGGCUACUCUUCACACAGCAGCUCGUGUCCCGUAUGCAUGAUCUUGAGAUCGCGUACAGCAAUUGUCUGGAAGUGUUAAAUGGUGAAGCCAUCAUUCCCAUGCAACACAUGAGCGUCCAAGGCCCUGAUGGACGCUCAGGGAGGGAGGUCGUUUUCCCUCAGGACCGCUGGAUAUUGGCCAAUGCUGGAGAUGAUGUUAUGACAUAUAUCCACCAACUCUUAGACAAGAAGCAGAUAUCUGAAGACGCUUCCAUCCAGAAUUACCGACAAGAAGGAACUACAGGAAAUACACUCUGGGAUUACGCUGGGGAUUUUGAACGUGGCAUCAUCUCUGUAGACCUUUCCACACGGUUCUAUCGUAUCAAGGCCAGUGCUAGUGACCGCGGUCCCAUCUUCGUGCUCCCGGCAUUUGGUGACCGCCCAGGAACCAAGGCUACCCGUGUGAUGGAAAAUCGGCCAACCGUAGUGUCGGUGGUUGACCCUGAGUUACCUUUAACUCAGGGCCCCGCGCAUCUAGCGAAGCAAAGAGACGCGCACGAGGAAGAAAUUCGGGCGUUGGCUGCGGAGAAGACAGAAUCGGAUCAACACAUUGCGGAGCUGGAAGGUGAACUCAAGACGUACAAGGGAAAGGCCGAGUAUGAGCACGCGAGAAUGCAGUCUGUCCUAACGACUCUUACCGGAGGUCAACAGAAGGCGGCUGAGGACUUCGCGGCUUUGCGAAAAGAGCUAAUGGAAUCACAGCAAAGAGAACGAGAGAAGGAGCAACAAAAGCAAGACGUUGAAAGACAGCUCAACGAUUUGCUCUCGAACAACUAUUCGCAAAACAAGGCUGCUGGGGUAAUUCCACGGGAUAUCGAAGGUCAUGUCGCAGAAAAAGCAUUAAAGGCUUUGUUGGAUGCUGUCAAGAAAACCCAAGGAGAGAACGUUCGACUAAGCAAUACCGUACACAACCUUCAAAACCAGGCAAGAGAAAACGCCCAACUGAAGAAAACCAUUAAUAGUCUUCAAGACGAAGCAAAGAAGAAGGCCAUUGCUAGCGUUUAG